AUAAUAAAAUAUCAACAACAACAACAUUUGAAUAGUUGUCACUUGUGACUUGUCAGACGUAAGUUGUUUGCUUGUUUGUCAAUACUCAAUUGUGAAUUUGUUAAUUGUUUUUACUUUUUAAUAUUAUACUGUUAUUAUCCCGUGUAUUAACAAUGACGAGAAAAUGUGUUGUUUGUCAAAAAUUGUAUACUAAGACAUCAGAGAAAUCGUUUCAUUCUUUUCCUAAAAAUGAAGAUCGUAAGCUAUUGUGGUUAAAAGCUUGUAAUUUAAAAUUGUGCUUACUAUCUUACAAGAUAUGCGAUGAUCAUUUUUUGCCAGAAAAUUAUCUACCAAGCGGGUAUCUAAAAAAUAAUGCUGYUCCAUUCCUAGCAUCUACAUGUACAGACUAUCAUAGUACAUCUAGCCACUGUCCAAGUCCUAUGAAACGGCCAUGUGUUGAACCCAAAGCUUCUACGAAUACAGAUAUUGAACCUUUGRACUAUCAUGGUACUGGUACAUCUAGCUCUUGUCCAAGUCCUAUGAAACGGACAUGUGUCAAACUCGAACCUAAAGCUUCUACGAGUACAKAUAUUGACCAUGAUUAUUUAAGUCAUUGUCAAAGUCCUAUAAAACGCAAGGUGUUAAAUGCCAAUUCAAUUGGAGUUUUAUCACCAAGUCAUUUUAGAACUCCGAGAAAGGCAAAGCGRCAUUUAAACAUGGUAAAGAACAAAUAUAGGGAAAAGCGAAUUGAAAAUGAAAACCUCAAAAAACGAUUAAAAAGACUAACAGAAAAACUUAAUACUUACGAUGAUCUUGUUCUGAAAUUACAUCAAAAACAAUUUUUAACUGAGGAUGCAUCUGCAGUCCACUUGCAGGUAAAUUGUUGAUCUACUUAUAUAUACAGUGUGUUCACCAAUUAAGGGACCACUGAAUUUUUUUGGAAUUAAUCGAUUUUUUUUACAAACUGGUGGCAUAUAAAUACACAUUUUUUGAUACAUUUCAA